UGACAUACCGAAUAAAAUUAUUUCGUAGCAGUCGGCGAAUAGUAUUUACAACUAAUAUUUUGCUACUGUUUUGACAAUUACAUACAUAAUUCGUAUUCGGGAUUUCUUAUUUGUUGAUGGCAGUGUUAUAAGAGCUGUUACAGCUCAACAAUGAGACGAUGAUGUGGUAACCGUUUUAGUCGACAUAUCACAGUGGCUACAGUGCAACAAAAUAUGGUCGUGCAUUUCGCCUGAACAGAUAAGUGAAGAUGUGUGAGCAGACUGAAAUAAAUUACUUGGACGGAGAGGUGGUGUGGGUGAAGCUAGGGUCUUGCUGGUGGCCCGGAGCAGUGAUCGGGGCGGACAAGCUCCCCCCAGAUGUGCUGCCAUCGUUCAAGAAGCCUCCCAUAGCAGUCGUCAAGUUCUUUCAGGAAAGCACCUACGAAUAUGUGAAAAAUAUCAAUUCAAUUUACAAAUACAACUGCAGCCGCAAACAUGACUUCAUUAAAAAAGGAUUGUUAAUGUACAGAUCCAAGCAUGCCCACAUGGAAAAGUUCCCCGAAGAUGUGAUCCGAGCUGAAACCGAGACGGGUGGUGACCCGGAUAUCUUGACCAGUGAAGAGUUCCAAGAAGCCAAGAAGGAGAGCUAUGCGGGCAUUUUCGGUAGCGCAUCCAAGAAAGCUACGACCCCCGGUAGAGGGAGAGGAAGGCAACCAAACACCCCUAAGAGCACUUCGACUGCAGCUACUCCGAUAAGAAGGGUAAAUCGAGACAAGAGUGAUUACAAGGUACAUAUCAUAGUUCAGGGGUCAAAGACUCCCAGCCAAGCUACCGAUGCCUCCUCUACGCCGUCGACGAGCCGCGCGGGGUCGGAAUCCGAAACUGCCGAAGAGAAAACUCCCAAAGCAGAUAAGCCCGCUUCUACAUUUACUACACCGGCCAGCACCGCCGCGGGCGUGUACCCCUGCACUCUGUGCGCGUUCACCACCACGCGCCUCAACGUCUUGAUCUUACAUAACAAAACACACAGUGCCACAUACACACCAUACACACCUUCGCCCGUACGCAAGAAACCUGCCGCCAAACCAUCCCCCAAGGCCACCCCGAACAAAACGCCGAAAGCGCGGAAACCGCGCAAAGAUAAGCCAGAAAAAGAAAAGGAAAAGGAAAAGGAAAAAGAUAAACCUGUCAAGAAAUCUCAAGCACAAAAACGCUCCACUGACGAGCUCCCGGAACCCGUAGAAGUGAAGAAACCUAAGACUGAUGAGGAAAUUAAGAGUAGCCUUUUAGCGGAUUGGGACGACAUGGACGAAGACGACGAUAAAUGCCCGGACCUGGCGUCGUCGCCCUCGGCGGCCGCCGCCUCGCCCGCCGAGCCCACGCCCGCCGAGCUGCCCACGGCGCCGCUGCCGGCCGCCGCCAGCAAGCCCGACGACGCACCUGCCGCCGAGAAACCGGAAUCCUCGAGCGAUUCCAAAUACGAAUUCUGCGAAGAUGAAGACUGGUCCUUAGAGGCGGACGCCGGCCGGAAAAUACCGCGGGUCAAGAAUCCCGCGAAGAGGAAAGAAAGAAAAAGCAUCAGCAUCGACGAGGAUGACGUGGCGAGAGAAGUUGCGGACCUGCUGACUAGAACCACUGUUCCAGAAUUGCCUGCGGUGCCUGAACCUUUGACCGUCGAGCAAAAUUUUCCUGAGCCUUCUAUCGUAAAGUCCCCUGACAAAAAGGCGCAACCGAUACCAGAAUCUAGUAAACCGACUGAGAAAGUCGCUCCAGAACCACCACCGACGAAAGCAAUUUUUAAGACUAAAACAUUUUUUCGAAGUCGGCACUCUAGGAGCCAGGAUGCAAUAGGGAAGUACGUCGCCGAACAGCUGAACGCCGAAAGAAUGGACGUGGAAACUGAAUUGAACGGUUCAGAAGUGGCGUCGUCUCCUGAAGCUAGAGAGUCUCCUCCGAUAGAACCAGUUAAAGUUGCUCGCCUCGCGCCCAAAAUACAACUCAAGAAAAUGAAAGCCGAAGCGGCACAGUUAAGAGAAAAAGAAAAAAUAAACAUGGAAUUAGCCGCGGAGGGUAAACUCGCUGCGAAUGGUGCUAAUAGUAAGUCAGAUAUAGUAAGCCACAACUUGGCGCCUCCUGAUGAAAAAGAGGUAGAAUCUAAGUCACAUCAGCACAAUCAGGAUGUCUUAUACCCUACACAAGAAAUAAAACCAAUUAAUAAGGAAACAAACGAUAGUAAUAUACAGAAUUCACUUGCAAAUGAAAUAAAACCAAUUUAUAAAAAUAUACUUGACAAAAGAAGCGAAAUGAAAGAAUCUACUAGUAACAUACAUGAACUUUUUGAAAAAGAAAUUAAAACAAGUAAUAAAGAUAAACCUGAUAAAGAAAUACAUGAACCCAUUACAAAAGCAUUCAAUAAUAUUGACACCGAAAAACUUGACGGUAAAUUAGGUAACGACAGUGAGAAACAAAUAGACGAUAGUAACCAUACAGAAAGAAAUGAUCUAUGCGAAACACCAGAAGUUGCACAAACGCCUUGUGAACAAUUGGUUGAACCUUUCAUGAAUGAAUCUACAGCAUCCGCUGUAGAUGCCCUAUUAAGCGUUUCUAGAGAGGCUGACAGGGUUACUAAAGUUAUAAGCGACGAUCCCCCUGAAGAUUUGUUCGAAGAUGACAAUAAAGAUAACGGAGUGAGUAACAAUGUCAAUGGUAUUGACGAAACCGAUAAAGACAAUGUAUUAGUAGAAAAUAAACAAAUUGUUCAAGAAAUAGAGCAAAUUACAGAAGAAACCAUCACAUGUGAAGUUUCCCUAAAACGGACAAAUGAGCACGACAAUGAUAUCCACAACAUGCUCACUCAACAUGUUGACUUAAAUGAAACUAAUACAGAAUCCCACAACAUGCUCACCCAACAUGUUGACUUAAAUGAAACUAUUACUGAAUCCACAUGCAAUGAUAAAAUAAUAGAAGUUCCACAAAUAUCUGAAGAAACUACUGAAUUAGUUUCAGAAACAGUAGUUGACUCCAUACCAUCUGAAUCUGACCUGCAAAUAGCGGAGGCGCUGAUUAAUCUUCCAUCAACAGCUAUACAAAACAAUGCAUCUAGUCAACAUCAACAAAACAUGAAUUUGUCAACACAUUUUGCCAGUGGUGAAUCUUUUCAGGAAGAGGUAGUUGAAAGUAUAAAUGACACUAAAGAUAAUGAUGAUACAAUGGGGGAAGCGAGAUCUGAGGACAAGUCUGUAGUUGACAACUCUGUGGAACACAUAAACGAAUCUGUACUACCAUUAAGUAGCGACAGUCUGAAUUCAAGAUAUGAAACUGAAGAAGAGAAGAGUCAAAAUUUAAAUGCCGCACAAUCUCUAGUUGAAAUGUCAGAAUGUAUCGAUCAUAAACUUAAAGUUUCUGAAUCCAAAAUACCUGGAGUAGACAAUGUACAUUCUAUAGAUACUUUAAAUACUGUGCAGACCACUGUAAUAGAAACAAACAAUACCGUUGAACCAAAACUUACGCCAUCGGUUUCAGACACCAGCAAUGAUCUAAUCAGCAACACGCCUAAAUUUGAAACAUCAUCUUCCAAAUUGCUUAAGAUUUUAGAAGAACCUUGUGUACCGAAAAUAAUCAGUAAAAUGCCACCAAAACAAUUAGUGGUAACCGGAAAAGAGAAAAUACUUAACUUCGAUGUCAACAAAGGUUCCAUUAAGAACAAACCUCAAUCGCCCAAGCAGAAGAUUAUUAUUCGUCGAAAUACGCCUAGCAAAAACAUUAUCAAUAGUAUAAACGAGUUGAGUUCACCAGACAACAUAAUUCUCUCUCGCACCGGCAAGACGCCGCCGGAGGGCUCGGCCAUGCAGACCUACACCAUCCAGGCCACGCCUGACGCGCCUAACGAUGCCAACACCAUCAUCAUCCAACAGAAGAUACGGAAAAUUACCAAACCUGCCUCUAAAUUACAAAAGCUAAAGCAGCAGCUCUCCUUGAUGGCUCCAGUCAAUGAAUCGAAGCCGGUCAGCGAACCACCGGCGGCGGAUGACACCUUCUAUGAUAUCAAUUCCAUGCCCAUAGUGCUCUCCGACGACAUUCUUACCCCAGAGAAUAUUGAGAAAAUGCCUAUCGUUAUGUCUGACGGCAAAAUCAUCACCAACCCCACGAAUCCCCCUAAACUCGUCAAAACGAAACAGAUCGAAAGCGAAAAAGUCAGCAUGAUCAGCCCGAGCAAACCCGAACUCAAAACCUUGCUAAUGAAUCCCAUGCCCGAGGUCAGUAAAGCGACCACACCUAACAUUUUGUCCAAGUCGUCCAAGCUCAGGGCGUCGAAACCGAUGUUAGUCAUAGAUAAAGCGACCGGAAAACAGAAAAUUAUUAUGACUAAAGCCGACCCUACCGUCAAGGAAAUAAAACAGUCUCCCACCAAGUUGGAGCCGGCGGCCCCGAGCGCGGCCAAGCCGGGCAAGUUCAUCAUCCUGCCCACCGGCGGCUCGCCGCGGCCCAACCGCACGCAGAAGAUCGUCAUCGACCCCGGCACCGGCAAGGCGCACGUGCUCGUCUCCAAGUCCGAGCCCGCCACCGACAACAAGCCCGUGUCCGCCAAGCUCGUGCCGCAGCCCGCCGACGCCGGCCCCGGCAGCACCGUCAUGAUCAUCACCAACGCGCAGGGCACGCAGUCCCGUAUAGUGCUCACCCCCGAGCACGAGAAAAUACUCUUCCCCAACAAGCAGCAGCCCAAAGUGUCGCAACUCAAGACCGUUACGCACCGGAUAACGACCAACUCCCCCCAGAAAACGAUCGUCACGUCGGUGGCGGCCACGAAGACGCCGCCCCCGAAAAUAGUCCCAAAAACACAAAAGAGCGCCAUCAUCACGUCCAAAGGGCAACUGAUCGUCGGCGGACGCGUCGCGACCACCGCGCAGAACAUAGCGCCUAUGCCCGAGAUACGGCCCAAGCAGCGGAUCAUCGCCGCCGAACCGAAGAAACUCGCGCAGACCAUCCAGAAGACCUCUUCGGAACCGCUCAUCUUUUUGCAGCAGAAAUCGGGCGCGGUGAUGCAACUCACGACGGCACAGUUCGAGCACCUGCAGCGGACCGGCCAGAUCGUGCAGAAGGCCCCCGUCCCCGAGAACAAGAUCGUCGUGCAGAAACAGAUCACGAUCCCGUCCAACGAGGCGAUCGCGCCCGCGGUCCACAAGAAGAUGAGACGGCCGGCCACGAUGUCGCCGACGCCCGCGAAGAAGCUCAAGCAGGAGAUAGCGAUAGCGCCCGCUCCCGCUCCCGCACCCGCGCCCGUGCCCGCGCUCACGCCGCUGUCGCACGCCGCGCCGGCGCCCGCCGCCUACUCCGAGCUCGACAACUUCGAGGAGCUGCUGCCCUCCACCGCCAUCGCGCGCCCCCCCUCCCCCUCCCCCUCCCCCUCCCCCGCCGCGCCGGUCGUCGCGCCGCCCGCGCCGCUCGCAGACGGCCAGCUGCUGGCCGUGCCCGGUGAGCACUUCGGCGGCCCGCCCGGCUCCUUCUACCUGUGCGUCGAGGACAACGGCUCGCUCACGCCCAUAGACAACCGGCCGCUCGUGCUUGAGAACAACCAGCUGGUGCCGAUGACGGAGCCGGCGCAGGCGCCCGAGCGGCGCGAUAUCCUCGAGGCGGCGCUGGCCAACAGCGACGUGUUCCACGACCCGCCGCGCGAGGACGCGCCCUUCCGCGACCUGAACGCGAACGUGUCCGUGCACUGCCGUGUGUCGGAGACGAGCACGACGCUGCACCAGCCGAUCAUGACGCCGGUGGAGGUGCCGUCGCACGCGGACGCGGAGCCGGCCGUGCCGAGCUCGCUGGAGGACGGGCUGGCGGUGAUCGGCGUGACGCCGCAUACGGUGCCGACGUCGCUGGAGCUGCCCAUCACGGUGACCGACCCGCGCAUCGCGCCUCGCGUGUCGGACCCGCUGGCGAUGCUGAACGUGAGCGAGCCGGCACCACAACCCAUGUCGAUGCCGCUGCUGCUGGAGGAGGAGACGGUGGGCAAGUCGCUGCCGAUCCUGACGGACGAGCCGGCGGGGUCGGGGUCGUCGGGCUCGGCGGAGGAGACGCUGUGGUCGCGGCGGCUGCUCACGCCGUGCUCGGACACGUCGGAGGCGUCGGCCGAGAUCCCGCUGCAGCCCGCCAUGCGCCUCUCCGUCGACGACCUGGCGCGGGCCAGCUAGACGGCGCCGAGUUUUUUAUUCAUUUCGUGUUGAGAAUGUUUAUUUAUAAAUGUAAUUCGUGUUUUACAUGUGCAAUCAAUUAUGUUUGUCGUCUUUCGAUAUAUCCGUAUAGUGUGAUCGGCCGGUCGACGCGGGACGGGCCGCUCGGCUCUCGUUAUAGUUGGGCCGCCAUCGCGCGGGCGAUGUAAAAAGAACGCGAGUGUAAAUAUAUCGUUAGAGUGGUGCGAGUGACUUCUGGGUUCGGUCUAGCCGAACAUUAAACAUACCGAGCGCCGACGGCGUCAAUAUAUUCUGCCCUCCUAAGCCAAAUAGCGCUAUCUCAAUAACAAUCAUUCAUUCAUUGAAAUCUAACAAACAGUUGAUAAUCGGCUGUCCCUAUCCGUCAUUUUGUUUGUUAGAAUGGGACAAAAUUUAACUGAGGUUUAUAAGAGGUUGCUAAGUUUUAUGAAUAGGGGAGUAAGUAAGCAUUGAAUUUUCUUUUGAGAAAGUGUUAUUUGGCUUAGUAGGGCAGUAUCUAUUUUAGUCUUAAGAAUUUACAUUUGUAAAUUUUAAUGCAUAAAUGAUAUUGUUGGAUCAUAAGAAAGUUACGAGAUCGUAUUUGUAAUAUAUAAAAGUUUAGGUAAUCAUAUUUUUUAUAUUGUCUAACAAAGAAUGAAAUUGCGAAAGCGAUUUGAGGUGCGAACAGGAAUGCCGGGCGGGCGCAGCGCGACCCGCGUCUACAUGAGGUGGAGUUAAUGUUAAGUACAAUUUUGUUGAUGUAACAUUUUAAACAUAUUCAAAGCACAUUAUUGGUUUGUUCGAGUGAUCUAUGUCGGAAUCUAGAUCGGACUAAGAAGAAAGAAGUCUUAGUGUAACUUCUAUGUAGUUUUAAAUAAAUAAAUUCUAAUCGAA